AAAAGAACUGGAAAAGGAAGAGGCAAAGAAAAACCCAGAACCCUCCUCACUCCCCCCAGACCAAUGGCGAGGCCGCCGCCGGACGCGCCCGCUCCUGUGAGGCUGCGUCUGGUGUUCGAGAACCGCCGCCUUCUCCGACGUACGGAGAGGGAUGAAGGCCUCAGGCGCUGCUGGCUCCUCCUCCGCCCGGAGCUCGCUACCGUCGCCGAUCUCGCCUCCCACGUCGCCGCGCGCUUCCGCCUCCGUCGCUUCUGCUCGAGCGGCAUCAUCCUCUCGAUGGAUGGGUUUGCCUUACCACCAUUCGAGUCAACCUGCAUCUUCAGGGACAAUGAUAUCAUAAGGGUUAAACCAAAAUCCUGCAAGAAGCUGGUAGGGCACAAUGAUGUGCACUCUAUUCAAGAUCCUGAGGUAGUAGAGAAGAGGGCACUUCCAGUUGAUGACCAAAUCCUUGCCAUCCAGUAUCAAAAGGAUGACAGUAAGUACCAAGAAGAAGAGGAACAUGGUGAUCGCCAACCUGAAGAAAAUGCAACUGUUAGCCACAGCACAGAAAAUAAUGGUACAAGCUCGAAGAGGAAGUCACUUGAUGACGUUGCAAGAGUACCUGAGAUAAAGAGAAAGAAGCUGAAGGUGACAAAUUCUGGAAAGCACAUAGAUGAAACUAAGAAGACACUACAGCCUGAAACCACUGCCUUGGUGGAAGUGGAACAACAAAAAACAGAGAGGUGUCCAUGCUCAUUGAAUGUUCAUCAAUGCCAGGAUCAGAGUGGAUCCAAAAAGUUGAUGUCAUCAUCUAUUGAUAUUGAAACUAAGAAGACACUACAACCUGAAACCGGUUCCUUGGUGGAAGUGGAACAGCAAAAAACAGAGAGGAACAAUCAAACUGAGAUGAAAUAUGAGACGAAGGUGGCAGACUGUAAUGCUCAAGGUGACACAAAAAAUUCAGGGAGUCGAAGUGCUCGUCGCAAGAAAAUCAAAAGGCAAAUAAGGCAGAAAGCGAAAUUGCAAACAGAAAAGGGAUUGGCUGAUAAGAAUGUCCAUGAGGAUUCACCAAUAGCUGCUGAUUGUCCAUCAUCAAGCAAUCUAGAUGCCUUGCCUGGCCCAUCAAGCAAUCGAAACGGAUCACAUGCUCCUUUUUCAAGCCACAAAACAGAUGAGGAAGAAUCUGAUACAUCAGAAGAUGAGAUUAUUCCAGUUGUGGUUCGGCCUGGUCACAUUCGCUUUGAACCAGCAGGUGGACAACCUGACAAGUCACCAGCAAAGGAAAUGCAGGGCACUUUCGAAUGGAGUAGAACAAUGAGCAAAAAGAAGGGCCAGAAGUGGGGAAUGAAUGGCUCAAACAAGAAAAAUGGAAACAGCAUGGAAGCUAACUAUCAUUUCAUGGACAGUAAGAUUACUGAAAAUGGUUUUUGUGCUGUCAGUAAUCAAAAGGAUGAUGAAAGCAAUAAUAUUGAUACAUCAAGUGUGAAGGUUAUUGAAGAAAAGUUUAAUGGUGAACCUUUGGAUUUUGAGAGAUUGUACCCCCUAACGCGACUUCCAAAGGAGGGAGAUCUCAUCGCAUAUCGAUUGGUUGAGCUGUCUUCCUCAUUGUGUCCAGAGCUGUCUUCAUACCGUGUCGGAAAAGUUCUGAUAUAUGAUCCCAUAUCACUGCGUAUCAUUCUCUUGCCUGUUCCUGAGUAUCCGAUUGUCACUGAGGAAAACAAACCUGAGGAUGAGUCUGAUAUGUUUGUGGACUUGUCACCUUACAAGGAAGAUGGCUCCUUGGAGGUUGAGUACUCGUCACUUCUUGAUGUAAGGCUACUGAAGGGUGUUGAAUCGGUACCAGGGGCUGUCAGGACUCCCUCUGCAGAAACAUGCAAAGAAGGUGGAUCAAUGGCUGGAAAGACAGUUACCUUAGACAAUAAUGAAGGUCACAUUGACUGUCAGAAACCAGGCACAGUGCCAAACAACUCUAAAGAUCAAGAAGCCACAUUAGAAACAUGCUGUGCAGAAAAGACGAAGAAUACAGUCUGGGAAGAAAAUGCCGAGCCCUCCAAUGACAAGACUGAUGUUCAGGAGAAUGGUUGGGCAACUUGGAAACGAAAUCCUAGUACGUCUGCUUGGUCUUAUAGGGCGCUCAGGAGCAGCGCCCUCGGCCCCACGAUGGCAAUGUUGAGGGGCAAAAACAACCAGAGGGGUAAACCACCCAAUCGAAAGAAUGGGAAGUGAUACCCGCAGGUACCCAAGUUUAUUCCUAUGUAACUGCGGGCUGAUCCGUUCUUUUGGAGAAAGAUCAAAAGCAAGUUGAAGCUGUUUUGUAUGUAUAAAGUUUGGAAGUGGAAGAUUUACUAUGGUACUGCUUCGGGUCUGUUUGAAACCGGAACUAAUGCUGAUAGUAAGGGAUGGAUGCGAUUGGCAGAGCGCUUGCUAUUCGUAUGA